GAUCUGAGACUUUCCCCUCUAUCGUCAUUGUUACAGAGUCCCAAGGGCUUAGCGGGAACCAAAGGAGAAAAGGGUGGCCGUGGCCUUCCUGGGAUCAGGGGAGAGAGGGGCAGUCCCCUCACAGUUCCUGGCCCUCGCGGUUACAAAGGGUUCAAAGGGGAAACGGGUGAGAAAGGACCUCCGGGCUUCGAUGGAGAUAAAGGAGAAAAAGGGGAAGAUGGUCCUCCAGGAGGGAAGGUAUGGCUCACCUCAGAGCAUGAGAAUGAAUGGCGCACCUGUAUUUAGAGAUAAAGCGGGAAUAUUACGCAAUGACGUGGAUACAAGGAGUAUGACAGGUCUCCUGCCCAUUCAAUAAUUUUUUAUUUUUUUAUUUUAUAAUUAUACAUAUUGUGAAGGGAGUCAGAAAAUUGAAGGUAGUCAUUACCUCAUCAUUGUGUCAUUUCCUUUUUGCACUGAAGGGCUUAAAGGGAGAAACUGGCUCCAAAGGUGCUGUAGGUCCGUUUGGAGCCAGAGGAGCCGUAGGUCAGAAGGUUGGUGAGCAAACAGCACAACCAUCAAUCCAGCACCAUCUGGUAUUGGUGGCUUUCAGUUGCUGAUAAUUACAAACGUGUUGUUUGUUGUUUCGACACAAAAGCAUGACGGCAUUUCUUUUGCUCUCGUAGGGAGACCAAGGCGAGCCAGGAGUCGAUGGUGAAGCGGGUCGUAAUGGAGUAGAUGGAUUGGACGGGGAGAAGGGAGACAAAGGGGACAUGGGUCCGGAGGGACUGAAGGGGAGUCAGGUGAGUGUGGGGGGCUAGUGUUUAAGGAAGUUAACAACAGCCAGAUUAGUUGUUUUAUGAAAUGUCAUUGCUGUUUCAUACCAUAUUGAAUAGUCUGUUACACUGAGAGAAGAGCCGACACUUUCUUUGUUGUGAUAUGUUCUCAAACAGGGUGAGAUGGGAGAGCCUGGUUUGCCAGGGGCCACAGGGGAGAAAGGAGAGAAAGGAAUGCGAGGUUUACCUGGUCGCAUGGGCAGUCCAGGCAUGCAUGGACAUCUGGGUGAUCUAGGGGUGCCAGGCAGUCCUGGCCUUCCAGGCCUCAAUGGGCUUACUGGGCGAAAGGGUGAAAAAGGAGAUGAGGGUUUUAAUGGAACUCAUGGAUCACCUGGGCAGCAAGGGGCGAAGGGGGAGAGAGGAUUUCCCGGUUUCCCCGGAUUCAAGGGAUCUGCUGGAGCCUCAGGGGCCUCUGGAGCACGGGGUCGCCCGGGGCCACUCGGCCUCAAAGGAGACACAGGACCAAAGGGGGAGAAGGGCAGAAGAGGCCGGGGCAAGGCGUGCGUGAGGGGCCUUUCUGGGACUCCGGGACAAAGAGGGCAAAAUGGAGAACCUGGACCAGAAGGAACCAAAGGAGAAAAAGGGGAAACAGGACUCUCUGUGGAAGAGGUGAAGGAGCUUGUGACCGAUGAGGUGGUGAAAAAGUGUGGGAAGGACAUUUUGGUGCUGGUGAACUCCCAGGACCCAGAUGCAGAGGAGAGUGACCGGUUGCCUGGGACCAUGUUCUCCACUCUCAUACGCAGCGAGCCUGGUGAAGAUGAUGAUGAUGAUGAUGAUGAAGACGGAGAGGAAGAGGAGCAGACAGACGCCAGACUGAACAACGAAGACCACGAGGCAACUACUGUUAGUCCAACCACCCCAGCUACAGAGGCAUCAACAGCCUCCUCUAACCUAACAGACGUCAAUGGAAGGACGAGGAAGAAGCGAGGAGAGAAGAGACGUGUCCUCCGACACACUUCAGGCGUCUCCACAGAUGCCUGCCUGGAGCCUAUGUCUGAGGGACACUGCUCUGAGUACGUUCUGCUGUGGUACUACCACCUGCGCUCCGGAGGGUGCCGCCCUUUCGUCUACGGUGGCUGUGGGGGGACAAGAAACCGUUUUACCUCCAAACAGGAAUGUCAGAUGCUUUGUGUCCAGGGUCAGAAAGCUUCAGAGUCCAGGUGAAAAUAAUCCUGCGAAUAGACUUCACAGUCUAUGUAAAUAAUAACUGUAUGAUCCUUACGGUCUUGGUCUGUCUUAUUGUUGAAUUCCACUGACACUUAAUAUGAGAAACUGUAAUGGAACUGUUAUGUUUUCGUUGCACUGUUGCACUAUAUGACGUUUCAAUUAAAGUCUUCCGAAUUUGUUACACUUUAAUUUGUCAGCGGUACUCUGGUACUCAUGUUUUAUUUGUAUUAUCUCUUUUAUAUUUUGUAUCUUGACUGUCUGAAUAUGUUGAAAUUAAAACUCAAAUAAGUGGCACUUCAUUUCAAUGUUUCCUUCGGGAUCAACUCUUUGCCUUCCUUGCACCCUACCUCAUUCGUACGUGGGUGUGGAUGAA